UAAGGUAGAUGGGAUGUAAUAAUCCCAUAUUGCAUUAUCGCAGUGUAAGCUAGAUGGAAUGUGUUAGAACUUAAGCCUGUGCCGCAGUGCAAUUACGGUAGAUGGGUGUGCUAGGACCAUAAUAUUACGGUUGCCAAGCAAAGUUUUAGCGAACGCAGAAAAUAAAUUAACUGCACCAAUCGAAACGGUGUCUCAUUUUCAUACAUGCGCAUAUUUACAUGAUUAUUUUGUUUACAAUGCCACGUACGUUGGCCGUUGUCGAGCUGGUUUCAGUACGCGAACAUUUAGCCAGCGUUAUUCCGCAGUGCCUCGAUUACACGCCGGGAAAGGAUUCUCCGGCCACCGUCAUCUGUGAACAGCUGCUGCACCAGCUGCGCCGUUUUGGCCCUUUCCCGGCCUUCUCUCCCAUAAAUAGCCACGCCAAACACCACAUGCGGAGCCCCUUCGAUUGCCAGGGAAAGGUCGCGGGCGGUGUUCUGCGGAACCUGUCCUGGGCAGAUCGGAGCCAUCAGGCAGCGCAUCACGAUGGCGCCGUUCCUGACAUACCGCGCCCAGUUAACCAGGAGCCCAGCGUGCCCCAGGUGACUGUUUCGGAACAUUUGCCGGUAUCCGAGGAGGGGAAAAGAGAGCUGCCAUUAGCUCCACGUAAACCGGGAAAGCGCCCGUGGAACAAGCGUACACGAGCUGAUCAGUGGGUAAUCGACAGCAUUCCCGGCGAACCCGUCACCAGCCGUCUUCGCCCAAGGCUGCCUGUAGGCGAAGAUAGUGCUGGCGAAGUGCCCCGCAGCACGCCAGUUCCAGCGGACAUCGGUACCAUCACGAGGGCCGAGCCCGACGCGACUGCACCGGAGCCGGAACCGGAAGUGGAUGCGCGGGUUGCCACUGCCGCGGAUUUUUACAGCCGCCCCGAGGGAACGGUUUCGGAGACCGCGGAGGAGAGAGCCUUCCGGUUGGAUAAUCAGCGGGACGUCGUGUUCGAACUCCAGCGACGCAAUGCUGUCGCCGCGGCCAAAGCCGCAGAUGAAGCUGCCGACAGGAUUAUCUGGCAGCACCAGGCCGCCGUUGUUCAUACCCAUCAAAUGGAGCAGCAGGACGAAUGGGACGAGCAAUACGAUCGGGACAUGGAAGAAAAGUAAAUUUCCAAUGGUUUAUGGAGGAUCACGAUGAGCGUCAGGAAAGAGACGAUCCGGAGUUCGACAACACGUCACCUUCGUAACUUCCGGCCGGCUGGCGCGACUCCAAAAGCUCGUGUGCGCGUAAUUGGCUGACCACGUCCAACGGUAGUGCUAUACCCACUAGAUGGCAUUACCGUCUGUUUGCUCUCCUGACUGACACUGAGCAAAUUCUUGGCCACGUUCUUAUUCUGAUCAAAGUUGAAGAGAGACAGCCUGAUCUACACAAACUCCAUCAAUGGUUUGCAAUAUAUACAUAUGCAGAAAGGGAAACCAUUCUGUUGUAUGGGAUGACAUCCACGGUUUUAUUUCGUAUUUCUUUUUAAGUGAAAUUCUUGUGGGAAUUCCGUAUACGCGCGAAGAAGAAAUGGUUGGGCUUCUGCGUUUGAAGCAGUAUGUCAGCUUUCACCGAGGUACUCUUGAGUUACAAAUAAAAGAGAAGAGGCAUCAAACGCUUAUAGAAGAAAAGGCCCAGUGACCAGCCGGAUGUGGUCCCUACCGGAUCUCGGUUGCGUCUGUCACAAUUGCAAGAGCGGGGAGGAGGCAGCGGCGAUUGGGCCGAUAAAAGCGUAGCUUCUACCAAUUAAUCGUUUGUCUGAGGGUUUCCAGAAACUCGGGUUCAGCUGUACAAACUCCAACUCUGGUGUUGGUAUUGGUAGUAAAUGUUGUUGAAUCGUUCAUGUAGCUCCGCGAAAACUCGGUGCAAACAAAAAUCAUUCUGCUUCACAGAUGGUCAUAGUUUUGCACUUAACGCACAUGCUUACAAUUUGGCUUUGUUCACUGUAACAUAAUAAAGGAGAUACA